GCUUUGCGUCCGUGCAAUUGUCAUAAAGCGUGCAAAGUAAAGUUAAGGGUGUAACGGUAACUUAUAAUACUACUCUAUAGAUGCAUGUGCAUGCCUGUGCGUGGUUUGAAUCUUAUGGAUACAAGUUUUAGAUGCUAAAUUGCUGAAACAUUAUUGAUGCGAUGUACAAUGGCAAUUUCGAAACUUGAGGUAUCGUCUGCAAGAACUAAUUUACUCAAAACUGUGCGGAGUAAAAGGGCAACUCUAGGACUUUUAUUUGUUCUAAAUGCGGGUUUUAUUUUUACAUAUAUCAUAAAUCCCCUUCCAGAAAAAGACAGUAAUUCUACCGAUUUUGUAAAAAAUAAUACUCUCCCGCCAUUUGCUUAUCUCCCAGAUUUUUGUAAUUGCGUCGAAACAGCUAACAAAUAUCGUAUGACAAGCACAAAGUUUACGAGGGCAAGAUCAAAAUUUUUACCAAAAUACAGAGUUAUACUGGUUCGUAUUAGAACAUACAAUAAGAGAAACAUCCCGAAAUUAAAUGGUGGAGAUAUCAUUUUUGCGUGGGCAAGACAGAUGUAUGGUGACGGUAUGGUUCCGGGAAAUGUUAUCGAUCAUCGGAACGGUUCAUACACGGGUUUUAUCCGAGUUUUCUGGACAGGAAAAACUAAUGUUCAUCUGAGGCUGGUUUCAGCAGUCGAGAAUACGUGUCUUCGCUAUAAAGCUCUAAAUAAGUACGGUGACAUUGUAUUUACUCUCAGACAACCCUAUGGAUUGAGGGCCAUUUAUUCGUAUAACAAUUCGAAAGUUUUGGCGCCGUGUAAUACUAACAGCUUUAUAUAUGGAAGCUCUCGGGUAUGUAAUUUUACGACUUUGAACGGAGGGAUGUCGUGGUAUUGUGGACUGCCUGCUGGAGGCCAAUUCCAGUGUAAAGACCUUCAAUCAUUCUCACUUGGUUCAUUUAAGAGCCGUGCUCGUAGUGUUGAAGAUAAAAUCCGAUCUCCGGGACACGGUAUAUUCAUGAUACCGAUGUCAGUAGACGUAACGUUUAAGUCGGAUACUAACUCAUCUGUAACUUGUAAUGAAAGAACGCCAUUGGAGUCUUGGACAGAGAAAUCUCCGAUUGGAUUCUUUUUGAAACGUCUCUGGAUUCCGACGAACUGCAAAACCAAUUUCAAACACACAAUUGCAAAUUAUAGAACAUGCCUUCAAAACAGAACGUUGAUUUUUCUUGGAGAUUCAACAGUAAGGCAGUACAUUAACUUCUUUAUUAAGGAUAUAUUAGGAUUAGAUGAAACAAUAGAGAAAGGAUUAACUUUUGGACCUAACUUUCAAACCUACCAUGGUCACCACACGUUUACAAACCACGGAAUAACACUGAUUUACAGGAAACAAGCUAUGCCUUUGCAUUUCGCAGGUGGUGAAAUACCUAUAAAUAAUAUUCAAUCCUUUCCCCAAAUACUUGACUCAAUAACUAAUAGUGAUAUACUAGGUAGUUCUAUAGUUGUUCUGUUAAACUACCACGCCCAUUUUACUUCAUAUCCCCCCGAAAAAUAUCGUGAACGUCUGAAAUAUUUAGUCGCUUCGUUAAAACGCCUCUUCUAUUCAAAACCGGAAGCUAAGGUAUUUUUCAAGGGGCCUUCUCCGUGUAUUUCAGAUUCAAAAUGGUGGGAUCCAUACAUUUCACUUGUUUAUAAUAAGAUUCUAACUGAGGAAUUUACUGACAUUCUGGAUAAAGUAACUUACCUGAACAUAUGGGAAAUAAGUGUUGCCCAUAAUGUGUUAGACGUUCAUCCACAGGGCCAAGCCUUGAAAAGUCAGUUACAUCAGUUCAUGACAUUUCUUUGUUAAUUGUUUCCUUUGCACUUGCAAGAGCAGUCGUGACGUUCUUUAGAAUAUAUUUCUGAGGCUUAAUGUGCCCUGAAGGGCUCACCUUGUAAUAACGCUGGAUUGUGCAAGAAGUAAAGCAGAACGAUGCAAAAUGGAAUAUACUAAUAAAAAGUACAACACAGUAAAAAAAUAACAAUAUAUUUCAUUUUAAAUCAAAUUGAACGAAACAAAUUAGUGCAUACGUCUGCCAAGACAAGAUAAUUUUACCUUCGUUACACACAUUUACGGGAAUGUCUUUGGAAAUCAAGAUCAUUCGUGAGAAAGACGGCCUGGAAACCAUAUUAACGGCGAUUUUUUAUUCGUCGACGUACGCGCAUGUAAUACUGAGGUAUUCUUGCUUUUCGGUACACAUAAAACGUUUGCCAAGCUAUAAUUUUAAUAUUUUACUUAACUAAAUGAUAAAAUGUAAUAUCAAAAUUUAAUCAGACAAUUUUUAGGUGGUAACCAGCGUUCCCUCAGAGACAAAUAAUAUAAUUGUGUCUAAAUUACAGCCGUUCUCUACUUUCAGUAUUAUGUGUACAUUCGGUAUGAUAGCCAGGUCGUCUCUGACGAAUGAUCUUAAUAGUAAAGACUUCCCGGAAUUGUGGGUAAUGGUAUAAUGAAUUAGCAGCCGUAUGAGCUAUUCACUCAUUUUAUUUUAGAUCCGUUUACAGACCGUGCUGUAUGUUAUCGCUAAUUCUGAUUUUGAACAGACUAUUCCAAGUUCAAAGCAAGGAAAACGUAGCUGGCGAAGGUUUAAGCGAUAAAGCAAGACGCAUUCCGCUUGAAAUAAUUGUGUUGUGUUACUUAAGAUUUUCCAUAAUCCUAGCCGAUGGGUAUAUAUAAUACCACUGUUUGUUAUUGAAUAAAACAUAUAACAUUUUUAUAGCAAACAAUACAUGAAAUACAAUGGAAAUGUAUGGAUUUUACUUAUGUUUAUACAAUAAUACAAUAAUAAUAAUACAAAGGUUUUCUGAAUAGCUUAAACAUUAAAGAAUGUCUGUUAGUUUCUCAGUAGAUUAGCAUGAUAUAUAAAUUUACAUAGAUUCUGAACAGUUUUCUCGUUAGUUUCCACUUAACAAGUUUUUGAUUUUUUGUAAGUUAGGCCAGGUAUAAUAAUAAUGUUUUAAAAAGUCUACAUUUUGGGCAUAUAAGUAAAAAUAAUAUUCAUUUUCGAUCAUAUUAGAAUAACAAUUCCGUCCCAGGAAUAUUUAUGUAGCGCACGCGUACUAUUGCCAAAUCAUCUGAAUGAAUAUGUACGAAAUUUAGUUAAAAAUAUUCUGAAUGUUGCUUCCUGUAUUAGUUACCCGCACUCCAGAGCAUGCCCAUUGAUUUGCUCAUUUUUGCUAGCGUUUACUUAUUGUGACGGAAGAGAAAGGGAAAACGAUAGAAAUAUCAUAUUCAGAUGCUCGAUCAUUUGUUACUUUUUUCUGGGGUUUCAUAUUGUGACAACAGGGAACGUGUUUAUAUGUUUGACGAUGAUACAAAAAAGAGCAUCAAAACACUCGGAAAUCUGAUUAAUACUCUAGGGUUACGCCCUCUCGUACAUAUCCUCGUGUUCCGAUGCUCUAUCUAUUACAUAACGACCGCUUAACAGGUCCUCUGAAUUCAUAAUUUUACCAUGAAAUUAAUUAUAUAUAAAGGUAAAGUAUUCCAUGUUUAGGAUUAGAAAACUUUUUUAUGUUUAAAUAAACAUUUGUCAGCCUUUAUAUAGUUUUAUCUACAAUUAUUAUAUUAUGGAUACAUAUUACAAAAUAAUUAUCUUACAGUUGCCUUCUUUAUAUCAGAAUCUAGGUAAGUUCUGUUUUCAUUUUGUGUUACUUAACUCAAGAAGUGCAUUUACCUUACCCUAUUACAUAACGAAAUCACACGAAUAACAAGAAUUUACAAAUAACACCUGGUUUGUCCACUAAUGAAUAACAAGAGCGUAGCGGUUGGUAUCUUUGAAUGGCUUUGGAAUGCUUCCUUAAACGUGAUAAA